AUGCUUUUCCCUACAUCUCAAUCCACGCGAUUCAUCAUCAUUCCCCUAUACAUGGUCUCGUUCUCCACAGCAUGCACUCCCAACAACUGCCUUAGGGCUCUGCUUCGCUACUCUGCCGGCCCCUUCUGCUCAACCUACUUCAAAACGGUGAACACAGCAACAACAGCUCUUCCAUCAUACGCCACUGCAUGUCCCAAUCCCCUAGCAAUCAGUUCAGCUUGCUCUUGUCUGAGCACUACGACUACGUCGUCCGCUCCUGUUUCCACUACAUCAUGCGCGAACUCUACACUCGCAGACCCGUAUUUUGUUGGAUAUCAGGCGGGGGAGCCUACAUGGGCCGUCACUCUCAAUAAAAACCCUAGACAGAACAUAUAUCCAACGUAUGGGCUCGGUGGUGUCACUGGUUACGGGUCGCUUGUAGUGUCGUUUCCAAGUACUCAACCUGAUCCAUUCCUAUCAAAUGUCACCGUCUACCAGGCUAACGUCCGAGUCUGCAACGGCCCUAACACAAUUGGCUUCUACUACACCGCCAGUAUAAAUCGUUGUUGCCUCGGAAUCCCCGAAGUCUCGUAUUGCACCAUAACCAGCGGGCUGGUUGGGAUUCCCUCAUCCAUUCGAAUCACGGCCGUUCCAUGGGUGCAAUUCUCGUUUGCUUCUCAGGAAUACGGGUUUAAUGUUGCUGGGUUAAGUACUGCGGGGAUUGUCACGACGUUUUAUUUUACUGUGGCGUGUGAGUUGGAUGACUGGCAACCCGAAAUUACUGUCUUGAAUCCGGGGGUCAAUGUUGGCUUGCCGAUGCCCCCUAGUAAGUAA